CCAGAUCUGAACCUGAAAACUCUCAUGGAGAACUUUUUCAAAUUCCGACUCUUUUGGUUGGACUAAAAUGUAAAAAAUUGGGGGGAAAAAAACCGCAGCAAGCCGAUUCGAAGGCAAAGGGCUUUUGGGUUAAAAGAAAUUGUGGGUCAUCUGGAGUGUUUGAAGAUGUUCUGCUCGGAUAGCUGCGAGCUCGGCUGCAAGGUCCCUUCUGGGGCCAAUGGGAUCGCAUGCGGGAACGGCCCACAGGGUGCAGCUGGUGGCCCACAGGCAUCACAACAACAGCAAAUCAACAUGUGCUAUGCUCCAUUGCCGAUGCAGUCCAACACUGAAAUGUGCGCUAGGUGUGAGCAGGCGGAGCCUCCUAGAGUGGGCCUGUGCUUGGUUACCGAAGGCCCCGAGGGUUUGAGCAUUGAUUGCAACGUACCCUUGCCCAAUUCUUUCAACCUGGACGAGUACAAGAAGCAGAUGGUCUACUCCUGCUGCCAACCCACCAAUAUGAGUCCAUACUGCGAUACCUACGGCUUCCCGCAAGCAGCGAUUUCUGGAACGUUUGCUGGCAUGGCUCCGAUUCAGAGUCUUAAUCCAAUUUCGAGCCCAAAUACUAUUACAUCGCCGGGAUGCAGUUUCCAUUGCCAGAGCUGUCCACUGGGAGGACCAUGUCCAGGCUAUGAUUCUUUACCGAUGCAUUCUCAUCCGUCACAAGGGGCUGUGCCUUUGCCAAAGUCGGCAGGGAUCCCGCGACAUGAGCAGGCCAUGACUCCGGCUCCGGCCAUGAUGCCGCAAAUCUUCUGCCUGCCUGCUCCCAACAACAGUAAUGCCAACACAACCUCAUGCCUGGCCUCUAUGGAAGCCUCCAACGGUCUCCAACAGUCGGACCAACAGCCAAUGUACUUUUGUGGCAUGGUGCCGGCACAGGCUUGGAAUCUUCAAGCUAUUAAUCUGGUUCCUGUAAUGCCAGUGCCGCAACAGCAGCAGCCGCUCAUAACGAAUCCUGGACAGGAUUUGCAGCAGCAGCAGCAGGCGCCCCAAUUGCUACGCCUGCCCUGUGACCUGUCCUUUUCCCGCCUCCUCACCGAGUUGCGGCGGGAGAGGGACAGGUCCUGCUGCGACUCCUGCGCUACGUCGUCAUCCCAGCCCCUGGCCCUCCAGCUGUUUGCCCCGACGCAUACGGUGACCUUUUGUGAUCCACCAGCGACCACAAUGUGUGCUGCUAGUCCGACGAAAAGAGAAGCCUCGACCUCUGCAACACCAGUACCCCCACCAACUGAUCCACCAGCCCCCAGGUCACCACCACCAACUGCUCCUCCGGCAGCAACAUCUUCGACCAUGCCACCUGAAUCAACCACUGCCCCCGCCGCUGCCGCUCCGUCCAGAGCUCGUUCGGUUAGUCCCAAACGCAGCAGAUCCUGCCUGCGAAACAAGGAUCUUUGGGGGGGCAGUGGUACCGCACAGAGCCACCCCGACUAUCCAUCUUCAGCCCAGAACCACCCCGCCUAUCCAUCUUCCGCCCAGCACGGAGCUGGCAAUGUGUGCAUGAAGUGCGGCAAUUGUUGGCACUGCCCGCGUUGCAAUUGCCCCAGUUGCUCCUGGCAUCCCGGCUUGCUGCGUCCACCUUCUAGGGAAAGCAGAUACAGACAGUUCCCCGAUAGAUGAAUAAAUAUU